AUGGGCUGUGCGACCCAGGCAUACACAUAUGUCGACGCUGUGUCACAUAAGAUCUGCAUACCCUUCAUGUUUAUGGGAUGCCACAAGCUGAUAUCGCCACCCACUGGGCCAACAAGCCAUAUGCGGGAGGCCUACCAAUGUACUAAGGAAGUUGAUUCUGUUGGAGGGGGUAAAGUGUGGAAUGAAGAAUUCUCUUACAAAAAAAUACUCGAGAUCGCGCGACACUUGAGCACAGUUGGAGUUUUCGAGUCCCAAAACAGGGCCAACGCCGAGUUUGCUGAUCCAUCUCCAACACAACAUGAUCCUGUCCCGAAGCUCGAAUCGCCCAAAGCCAGCACUGCAGAGCCUGUGGAGAGUCCCUUGACAGUCAUCGACGCGUCUCAGGAAAAUCACCAGGCUGUAAAGGGGGGAAAGUCCGCGUCGCCCAGUUCUGCGACUGACAACUACGGCUUUACACAAGCUACUGCUGUCGAAGAGUGCUGCUUUGACUUUGCGACGAAGUGGUUCCCCAAAAUACUGCGGGCCAAAGACUGGGACUGUGCCGUGGCCGUUGAAUUGACAACAUGGCCCAAAGUAUUCAAGGAAAACUUCCCCAAGCUUCCCGACAACGCAUUGAGCGUUCCACAACACACGCUUCGGCGCAUCUUUGCCCAACUAACCGAGCUGAGGCAUACCUCUGUGCAUCGAUUGCCCAUCACCGCAGGGGAUACUAGUCGCAUUAUCACGUCCGCGUUGGGUCUGGCCGAAGCGUUGCGGGAUACUGCGCGUUCGGCGGUGCUGGCAGAGCUCAUUUACGAGGUUGAAGAAAAGGCUAAGGCAUUGGGACAGAACAUAACAGCUCACAAAGCCCGCAGCAUAUUAGAGCUGGAGGAUAUUGACCGGGCCCGCCGAGAGCUUGAUGCCAAGGAGUGCAGGGUUGAUUUGCAGCAGAUGGUCGAAGAUCGGGAGUGCAGGAAAAUCAUUGGAAGUGUGCUGAUGGAUUCUCUAGUAUUGGUCGUUUUCAUGAGAAAUUAUACUCUGAGGUAUGGCCAGCGAAAAUGGUCCAAGAUCGCGUGGUGA